CACCCCCACCGUGCUGUGCGUCGUCACCAUUUUCUUCUCCUUUCUCCUUCUUUCCCCCAAAACGCAGGAACUCAAAAACCAACCGAUUGGCCUCAGGCCGUCAUGGGUUCAGCCGGCGAGACUCAGAUAACCCCGACCCAUGUCAACGACGAGGAAGCGAACCUCUUCGCGAUGCAAUUGGCCAGCGCAUCCGUGCUUCCCAUGAUUCUGAAAUCAGCUCUCGAGCUGGAUCUGCUCGAGAUCAUCGCCAAGGCUGGCCCUAAUGCUCAGCUUUCUUCCUCCGAUAUUGCCGCCCAGCUUCCGACCAAGAACCCCGACGCCGCCGUGAUGCUGGACCGCAUGAUGAGGCUGUUGGCCUGCUACAACGUACUCAGCUGCUCGCUCCGAACCCUUCCGGACGGCAAGAUCGAAAGGCUCUACGGUCUGGCCGCUGUCGCUAAAUACUUGGUCAAGAACGAAGAUGGCGUCUCUAUUGCUCCUCUCAACCUCAUGAAUCAGGACAAAGUCCUCAUGGAGAGCUGGUACUACUUGAAAGACGCAGUUCUGGAAGGAGGGAUUCCAUUCAACAAGGCACAUGGGAUGACAUCGUUUGAGUACCACGGCAAAGAUGCGAGGUUCAACAAGGUGUUCAACAAGGGCAUGGCCGACCACUCCACCAUCACCAUGAAGAAGAUUCUCGAGACCUACACCGGCUUUGAGGGCCUCACAUCCCUCGUUGACGUUGGUGGCGGCACCGGCGCCGUCAUCAGCAUGAUUGUCUCUAAGCACCCCUCCAUCAAGGGCAUUAACUUUGACUUGCCCCAUGUCAUUGAAGACGCUCCCUCUUAUCCAGGUGUUGAGCAUGUUGGUGGCGACAUGUUCGUCAGUGUUCCAAAAGCAGACGCUGUUUUCAUGAAGUGGAUAUGCCAUGACUGGAGUGACGAGCACUGCUUGAAAUUCCUGAAGAACUGCUAUGAUGCUCUUCCAGAAAAUGGGAAGGUGAUAGUGGCGGAGUGCAUUCUUCCGGUGGCUCCGGACUCCAGCUUGGCCACAAAGGGAGUGGUCCACAUCGACGUUAUCAUGUUGGCUCACAACCCCGGUGGCAAAGAGAGGACUGAGAAAGAGUUUGAGGCUCUGGCCAAGGGUGCUGGCUUCCAAGGUUUCCGUGUUGUUUGCUCUGCUUUCAACUCCUACAUCAUGGAAUUCCUCAAGAAGCCUUAACUUCUUCAAUUUCUCUCGCUUCUUCAUACAUACAUACGUGAUGCAUUUGAGCUUGUCACUUUGUGAUUCUGAUGCUUUAUGUACAAUCUGUUGAUCCGGAAAUUCUAGUUUUCUUUCUAUAUAGGAAAAAGAAUCAUCAAGAAGUUAUUGUAUUCUGCCUGGAUAAAAUAAAAUGAGUCUUUUCUCUUGUGGCUUAGGAA